AUGUUUUCCAGCCUGCGGAGGUGGGGCGACGGCCGCGACUACGGGCGGGUCCCCGAGGGGCCUGAGGCGCAGAAAUGCAAUCCAGAGAAAAAUGCUUCAUUCUUCAGUAGGAUGACAUAUUCCUGGUUUAGCAGAAUAAUUGUUUUAGGCUAUAAGAGACCUUUGGAAAGAGAGGAUCUUUUUGAACUAAAUGAAAGUGAUUCUUCCUAUAUUGUGUGUCCCAUCUUUGAAAAACAAUGGAGGAAGGAAGUUUUAAGGAUUCAAGAGAGGCAAGAAGUGAAGGCACCCUUUCAUAAAGAGGCACAUGCCAGGAAACCAUCUCUGGUCUAUGCAUUGUGGAACACCUUUAAGUUUGUCCUGAUUCAAGUUGCUUUAUUCAAAGUGUUUGCUGAUAUUUUGUCCUUCACUAGCCCACUCAUAAUGAAGCAAAUGAUCAUUUUCUGUGAACAUCGCCCAGAUUUUGGAUGGAGUGGCUAUGGUUAUGCUUUGGCACUUUUUGUUGUAGUCUUUUUGCAAACCUUGAUCCUUCAGCAAUACCAACGUUUUAACAUGCUCACUUCAGCAAAAAUUAAGACGGCCGUAAUUGGACUCAUCUACAAAAAGGCCCUACUUGUAUCUAAUGUUUCUCGAAAGAGGUUUUCAACUGGGGAAGUUAUUAACUUGAUGUCAGCAGAUGCCCAGCAGCUCAUGGACUUGACAGCAAACCUCAAUCUCCUCUGGUCAGCCCCUUUUCAGAUCCUGAUGGCCAUAUCACUUCUUUGGCAAGAGCUGGGUCCAGCUGUGUUAGCAGGGGUAGCAGUCCUUGUGUUUGUUAUACCGAUAAAUGCUUUAGUUGCAACUAGAGUAAAAAAGCUAAAGAAAAGCCAAACGAAGAACAAAGAUAAACAGAUAAAACUACUCAAUGAAAUCUUACAUGGAAUUAAGAUCCUCAAACUUUAUACAUGGGAACCCUCCUAUAAAAAGAAGAUUAUUGAAAUUCGAGAGCAGGAAUUGGAAGUUCAAAAAUCAGCAGGGUAUCUUGCUGUAUUUUCUAUGCUGACUUUAACUUGCAUUCCAUUCUUGGUGUCCCUGGCGACAUUUGGCAUCUAUUUCUUGUUGGAUGAAGGAAACAUUUUAACAGCCACCAAAGUGUUCACAUCUAUGUCUUUGUUUAAUAUUUUGAGGCUUCCUUUAUUUGAUUUACCAAUGGUAAUCUCAGCUGUGGUCCAGACAAGAAUAUCAUUGAAUCGUUUGGAAGACUUUCUCAACACUGAGGAGCUUCAUCCUCAAAAUAUUGAAACAAACUACAUAGGAGAUCAUGCCAUUGGUUUUACAAAUGCUUCCUUCUCUUGGGGUAAAACAGGGAUUCCAGUACUAAAAAACUUGAACAUAAAGAUUCCAGAAGGAGCUUUAGUGGCUGUUGUAGGGCAAGUUGGAUCUGGAAAAUCAUCUGUGCUUUCUGCCAUUCUGGGGGAAAUGGAGAAACUUACAGGAGUUGUUCAAAGAAAGGGUUCUGUGGCUUAUGUUGCCCAGCAGGCCUGGAUUCAGAAUUGCAUUUUACAAGAAAACAUUCUCUUUGGCUCCAUCAUGCAGAAGCAGUUUUAUGAGCGAGUAUUGGAAGCCUGUGCCCUCCUUCCUGAUUUGGAGCAGUUACCAAAUGGAGAUCAAACUGAGAUUGGAGAAAGAGGUGUGAAUAUAAGUGGGGGCCAGAAGCACCGCGUAAGUCUGGCCAGAGCUGUGUAUAGUGGGGCUGACAUCUACCUCCUGGAUGAUCCCUUUGCUGCAGUUGAUGUCCAUGUUGGAAAGCAACUUUUUGAGAAAGUGAUUGGGUCCUCGGGUAUUUUGAAAAACAAGACUCGUAUUUUAGUGACACAUAACCUCGCACUUCUGCCACAGAUGGAUCUGAUUGUUGUCAUGGAGAGUGGCAGAGUUGCACACAUGGGAACAUACCAGGAGCUGCUGUCAAAAACCAGAAACCUCACAAAUUUGCUUCAGGCCCUCAGUGAACGAGAAAAAGCUCAUGCUUUAAAGCGAGUCAGUGUAAUCAACUCCAGAACUAUACUGAAAGACCAAAUCUUGGAGCAAAAUGAUAGGCCCUCACUGGAUCAAGGAAAACAGUUCUCAGUGAAAAAAGAAAAGAUCCCUAUUGGUGGGGUGAAGUUCUCAAUCAUUCUGAAGUACCUCCAAGCCUUCGGCUGGCUCUGGGUGUGGCUGAGUGUGGCUGCUUACCUCGGGCAGAAUUUGGUGGGCAUUGGACAGAAUCUAUGGCUUAGUGCCUGGGUAAAAGAAGCAAAACACAAGAAUGAGUUCACAGAAUGGAAGCAAAUAAGAAGCAAUAAACUUAACAUCUAUGGAUUACUGGGAUUAAUGCAAGCCAAGGAAAAUGAGACCCGUAUGCUAAGUCAUUCAGAACCCAAAAGUCUUGACCACAUGGCUACUCACUGUCUCUUUGUCUGCUCUGGAGCCUAUAUACUCACCAGAGGAUCCCUGGCUGCCUCUCGAACUUUGCAUACUCAACUAUUGGAUAAUGUGCUACACCUCCCGCUCAGGUUUUUUGAAACCAAUCCCAUAGGUCAGAUCAUCAGUCGGUUCACCAAGGACAUGUUUAUAAUUGAUAUACGUUUCCAUUACUACUUACGGACCUGGGUGAAUUGCACAUUGGAUGUUAUUGGAACAGUUUUGGUCAUUGGAGGAGCUUUACCACUCUUCAUUCUGGGGGUUAUUCCCUUGGUGUUCCUCUAUUUCACUAUACAGAGAUACUAUGUGGCGAGCUCUCGGCAGAUUCGACGGUUGGCAGGAGCGUCUCGCUCUCCUAUCAUUUCACACUUUAGUGAGACUUUAUCAGGGGUGUCCACUAUCCGGGCAUUUGGACAUGAACAGAGGUUCAUCCAGCAAAACAAAGAGGUGGUGAAUGAGAACCUGGUCUGUUUCUACAAUAAUGUAAUUUCAAACAGGUGGCUGUCUGUUAGACUUGAACUCCUUGGCAACUUAAUGGUAUUCUUUGCUGCAGUGCUUACUGUGCUCGCUGGCAAGUCUAUAGAUUCAGCAAUAGUUGGUUUGUCCAUAUCCUAUGCCCUAAAUAUUACUCAAUCUCUGAAUUUUUGGGUGAGGAAAGCCUGUGAAAUUGAAACCAAUGCAGUUUCCAUUGAAAGAGUUUGUGAAUAUGAAAAUAUGGAUAAAGAGGCACCCUGGAUAAUGUCUAAAAGACCUCCAUCACAAUGGCCUGAUAAAGGGAUAGUGGAAUUUAUUAAUUAUCAGGCUCGAUACCGAGAUGAUCUUGGUUUAGCAUUACAAGAUAUCACUUUCCAGACUCAUGGUGAAGAAAAGAUUGGAAUUGUGGGACGGACUGGAGCAGGCAAAUCAACGCUUUCAAAUUGUCUGUUUAGAAUUGUGGAAAGAUCAGGAGGCAAAAUUAUUAUCGAUGGUAUUGACAUAUCCACUAUUGGACUUCAUGACCUUCGGGGCAAACUUAAUAUUAUUCCACAGGAUCCUGUUUUAUUUUCUGGUACCCUUCAAAUGAACCUGGAUCCCCUAGACAAGUAUUCCGAUAGCGAGCUGUGGGAGGUGCUAGAACUGUGUCACUUAAAAGAGUUUGUGCAGUCCCUUCCCAAGAAGCUGCUGCAUGAGAUUACAGAGGGAGGUGAAAACCUCAGCGUUGGACAAAGGCAGCUUGUCUGUCUUGCUCGUGCUUUGCUUCGAAAAACAAAAAUUCUCAUCUUGGAUGAGGCAACAGCUUCCAUUGAUUUUGAGACUGAUAACUUGGUGCAGACCACAAUCAGGAAAGAGUUCUCCGACUGUACCAUCCUGACGAUUGCUCAUAGACUGCGCUCUAUCAUUGAUUCAGAUAGGGUACUUGUUCUAGACUCUGGAAGGAUUACAGAAUUUGAAACACCACAGAAUUUGAUAUGCCAGAAAGGACUUUUCUUUGAAAUGCUAACAGAAGCUGGAAUACCAGAAGACUCAGUGACAAAAUAA